CCAAAAGUUACUCUGCAAAAGUUCCUCUGCACUUACUGGUCCUUUCUCAAUCACCGCUAAAGUUUAACAAGAUAGAGCCAGGAGAAAAAAACAAACAAUAUGUCUUCUUCAGCCAGUUCACCGGUUUCACCAACGACUUGGAUUCAGCAACAAUCAUCAGUUGUGGCAUCGUCUAACAAGCGUGUUGCGAUCGAGCCGCUUAAUUUGUGGCCUUCGACGUCCACUUGGGCUGCCUACAGCUCUGCUUUAGCUUCUCUGUCCCUCGGCCAAAUGAACGAGAUGUCCAACGUGACGUCAAAGUAUCCAUCGCGCUGCUCGCCACUCACGCCGACAACGCCGACCUACUCGCCGUCAUUUUCCCCACAAUCGUCGGUCACGAACAAUUUCACGAAUCAUCCACUUCUGCAACCGGAUUCCCCCCAUUCGGUGACAGAUACGAGCCCCGAUUUUUCCACGGCGUUUCCAUUGGAUUUUUGCACAACAAACGCGGGUGAUCGCUCGCCAACUGCAACCAACGCCAACAAACGUCAACUUGUUCAGCCGGAACCUCUUGCUGCCAACCAAAAAAGGAGUAAAUCAUUCACAAUCGAUGCUAUCCUCGGCCUCGAGGAGUUCGCCGCCUCCUGUUUCGAGUCCGCCGAUGCCGCCAAAUAUUUCUCCUCGCAAGAACAUCGCCGAAGCGGAUCACCAGGUUGCCAGCAGCAGCAAAUGUCGCCAUCAGAUUCACCGCAAUCUUCUCCGCCGUCGAUGUUGCUGUCAUGCGCGUCUUCGUUGCCCGCAUCAUCGUCUUCUCCGAGAGCCAAACGGGUUCGAACCAUCUUUAGCGCCGAGCAAUUGGAGCGGCUGGAAGCGGAAUUCGCCCGCCAACAGUAUAUGGUCGGCCCGGAGAGAUUGGUAUUGGCCGCCAGUCUCCGCCUGUCGGAAUCUCAAGUGAAGGUCUGGUUCCAGAACCGACGCAUCAAGUGGCGCAAGCAGCACCUAGAAUCUCAACAGAUGAAAUUGGUCAACUGGCGUCAGCACGAAGACCAGCAGCAUUUAUCGCAAGACCAACUAGCACAUCAUCAUCUCAGGUCGGCCAAUGCAGCCGACGACGACCACUCGGAAUCAUUUUCCGAUUAAGACUUGCUUUUUUUUGUUUUUUUUUUUCAUUUUCUGUUGUCUUUGUUCAAAAUCGAUGUAGAUGCUAUAUCAUUAUCCAUUUCACUUGUACAUAUGUUCACCGUGGCUCCGGAAAGAGCAAAAGUCUAACGUAAUAAAAUCC